AUGCGGAACCUCGCCCAGCCGAGUGCUGAGCGGCAGAGCAUUGUGGAGGCCAACCAGGUGAACAGUCCUCUACUUCAACUCCCAGGCGAGGUGCGCAACAGUAUCUAUCACUACGUUUUUGCCAACGAAGUCCUCCGCCAGACUCGUACAGGCCCAGACUGGAGAAGCCCGAACAUGAAGUUCCUCCCGCCGUUGAGCUUUCAUGACCGGCAAAACCCCCGACGCCCACGCGACCAGCGGAACUGGUUAUCACUUGUUCUUGUCUGUCGCCAGCUCUACGUGGAAGCGCGAAUAUUACCGUUUCAGCAGAAUGCCUUCUCCAUCACUCGGCUGAGGCACAUAUGUCCUUUACUUAGGACGAUGCACCCCGAGCAGCGCGAGAAGAUUACCGAGAUUCAGCUGGAGGUUGACUUCGUGGGCUUCGAUUCCCAAUGCAGGACGAUAAUGGCCGGUUACCCGGAACAUGCUGUAGAAGAACUCGAUCUGCAGAAUUAUCUGCUUAGCUUCCUGCUUCCGUCGGUCAAACGCAUUGAGGUGGUCGUCAUUGCGGGUCAACACUACGGGCACCAUAGCCCUUCUUUCCCAUCCAAUUCGACUCGAGCAGCUUUGGAGAAGCUGGAGAGCACGCUUCAUGAGGCCAAUUUUGGCUGGACGAAUGCCGAGAUCGGUUUGCGGAGCGCAACACUUUCCCUUCCAGAUCACUGUAUGCCGCCCCACGGAACCCGCCUUCUACCGUACACUAGCUACCUAAUAGCAUUUUAA